ACAGGGGGAACUGAAUUCUCCGUAACACCGGCCCUGUAGUACAUACUGUAGCAUUAUGCUGGUUUUGCUUUAUUUAUAUUUUAAAGGGAAAAAGACACUGGGUCAUGAAUCUGACUACUUUGUCAAAGUAGAACUGGAUGGAACUAAACAAAGAGUCAUUUAUGAGCCGACUCUUAUUGCUAAUAUGACUCACCUAAACGAGCCUAUAGUUUGAAUCCUUUAUCUUUGCCACGCGCAGCUUCACAACGGCGCUUAAAGUAUAAAUAGUUAGCAGACUUGCUAAUCUUCUCAUUUUAACAUUUCAACCAAAAGACUCCCGCUUUACUACGGUCAGAGCUACGCAAUAUUUUGUCAUGUCUACUGAAGGAAAGUGUAUUCCUGCAAAACAACUCGCUUCUCUACCGUCCAGUCUAACGAACGCCAGGUCAGACAGAAAUUUAAGAAAGAAAUUAAAGAAGUUUAAAACUGGAAAGACGGUGUUGUCAUUGGCAGUCAGAAAAAGCCCUGAAAUUACUGUUAGCUUGUUGUCGGGCAAGAAAAAAAUGAAGGAGCUUCCCAAGUCUGUUUCUUCUGUUAAAAUGAAAGAAAAGACGAUUUGGACAACGACAAUGGAAUCAAAACUUCAAAAAGUACAGCAGAACCAUGAGAACUUUGCUUGUAAAAAAGCAGGACCACCUGACAACAACCUAGAUGUUUUCAGCUUUACACCAACAGACGGUAAAGAAAAGAGCACACAGCAGUCUGAUGUGAAACAGAAUGUAUUGAGGACAAUUUACAGGAUGUUGCAGGAGAACAGGAUCCUCAGGAAGCGAGAGCUUAUUUUAUCUCAGCUCAAGGUGCUGAGAAAUAGUAAGAAUCAGCUUUUCCGAGAGUGUACAAUGCUCAGGGAAGCGUAGCGGCAAACUAAGCAGCACCGCCACACUCCAUGGUAAAUAAAAGCACAGCCUGUGCAAAUGCGAUUUUGUGGCUUUUCAUGUGAAUGCGCCCAUACUGAGCUUGGAAUACGGUAUUCCAAGAUCAAGCAUCUCCACGAUUAAGAAGCAUAAGGAAACAAUAAAAA